UUAAAAUGGAUAAUUCUAAAAAAAAUUCUUCUGAUGCUAUAUUGUUAAAUCCAAUUAGUGAUGAUAUAUUCAAUGAUUUGAUUUAUGAAACAGAAGAACAAAAAAAGAGUGUUUAUAAUACUGAUCUCAUCAUUGUAGACAACUAUGGAUGCAUAAAAGAUGAAAAUGGACAAAGUGUCCAAGUGAUUAAAUAUACUUUAAAGAAUGAACAAAAAGCUGUUAUUGAAAUCAUUAAUUAUGGUGCUACUGUUAUUUCCUGCUGGGUACCUAAUGCACUAGGCGAACUAGAAGAUGUUUUACUUGGUUUUGACUCAAUUGAAGAUUAUAGAUUACAGAACACCCAUUCCAUUGGUGGCACAUUAGGCAGAGUAACAGAUUACAUUAGUAAUGGUCAUCUUGAAAACGAAAAAGGCGAAAUUUAUGAACUUAAUAAAAAUCGUGAUGGUCAUCACUUUAAUGGCGGUGAAAAAGGAUUUGAUAAAGUCAUGUGGGAUGGGUAUGUGGCGAAUGGUGAACUAGUAUUAACAUAUUCAAGUAAAGAUGGCGAAGAAGGAUAUCCAGGAACAUUUCAUGCUCGAAUAACAUAUCGUUUGACUUGCAAAAAUGAAUUAGUUGUAGACUAUGUUGGUAUGACAUCAAAAUCAACUCCAGUUAAUAUGGCUUCAAAUAUGUUCUUCAAUUUAGCUGGACAAAACACUGGAGAGUCUGAACUCAUGAAUCAUUCAAUAAUGAUCAAUGCUGAAGAAUACAUAGCAAUAAAAGAACCAGAAAGAAGACCUGUUGGUUUGAUUAAAAAUGUACAUCGCACAUGUCUUGACUUGCGUGUACCAAGAUUAUUAAAAAAAGCUUUUCCCAUAGUUCCUGGUUUUGGAUACAAUCAUACAUUCAAAUUGUUCAAAGGAAAAGAACGUAAAGCAUUUAAUUUAGCAGCCAGCUUAGUACAUAAACAAAGUGGUCGCAUGUUAGAUAUUUAUACGGAUAUGCCUUGUGUCUAUAUUAAUACAGCUCAGGAUUUUCCAUAUUAUGGUAAAUCAUUAUUUAAAGAAGAGGUUAUGAAGGUAACUGAUAUAGAAGUACCAUUAGCAAAAUUUGAUAACUAUGAAGAUGAACAUGAGAGUUUUAUCUCUGAUGAGUAUAAAUUUGAAAGUGACGUAGAAGAACACAAUUUAGAUUAUGAGAUGAAAGAGUCUUCGACACAGAUUGAUUAUGUCCAGGAAAUCAAGCCCAUCAAGGGGAAAUCGAAUACUAUCUAUAGCAAACAUUCUGGAAUCUGUAUACGUCCACAACUAUUUCCAGAUGCUGUUACACAUAAAAACUUCAACAGUAUCAUUCUCAAACCGUCAAAUAUGUAUAAUCAACAAGUCAUUUAUAAAUUUGGAGUUAUUGUUUCAACUGAUUAAGAUAUUUUUCAAAAAAUAAUAGUUUACUGAAUUGAAAUAACAUAUAAUCUAUUAAAAAUAAAAUCAACAAAUUGACAAUGAUUAUAGAUAAGUCAUUAAAAACGGAGUGUUUAUAUAAUAUUAAAAAUAUAUAUUUAUGAAUAAAUGUAUGUUUGUAUUGAGCAUCUAGACUUGGAAAAUAUUGAACCAAUUGACACAUCAUAUUUUACACACAUUCCUCGAGACUGGGAAUAUUAUUUUUCAACUCUUAUAAAUAGCCAUAGGAGAGCUCUAUAGUUUUGGCUAAUGAAAAUAAAAUUUUUUUUGUUUGUAGCUUAUAAACUCAAAAAACAACGUGACAGACUUUGAGGAAAAUUUCUAAUUGUUCUUAUCGAAAAAAUUAAGAGUAGUUUAAACCGUGUCUAUUAAUAUAUCAAGUGCUAUAUUCCAAUCUAUCAUAAGUGGAUUGUCCAUCUUGUUCAAAUUUUUUUACAAAGCAUGAUUAAAGUAUUAUUAAAGAAAAGUUAUUUUGACGAGUAAAUGUAGGAUUUGCUGGCUCAAUUUUUCUAAUAUGAAGAUUGAUCAUUGCUUCCAAACUUAUAGUAAAAUAA